AUGAUAUCGUUACCACGAAAUCAAUUUUCUUUAAUUAAGGCUCCUCUUUAUUUUGGAUCAAGUAAUUUUGGUAUUGGAGGAACAAAUGGUGCAGUAAUUAUUAUGAGUGGACUAACAAGCAAUUCACUCAAAAAAGCUGCUUCAGAGUGGAGCAAGGACAACAAAAAAGCCUCAGAGAUUAAUAAAGGCUUAUUUAACAAUGAAGCUACUCGGUGCCGCCUUUUCCCCUUUUCUGCAGAAUCAAAAAAUUCUUUGCGUGGAUUCGCUUCGAAUUUGGCAGAAUAUAUUAGAGAGGCACGAAAAAAUUUUUUUUUAAAUUAA